AUUGUUUGUCUCAUUCUAUUAUUAAUUCCUUCAAAAUCCUAGUCACUAAUAGAUAUUACUCUCUCCUUUAGAAAACAGCAAAGUCAUCUUUGGUGCAAUAUACCGGGUUGAUUGAGACUGGGCUGACUUUCUUAUCCCUUUUUUAAAAAGCGCUUUAGUCUUGAAAUGUUGUGGAAACCGCAAAAACCAUGGCAGUGGAAGGAGACAAACAGUACUCGGAGAUGUGGAAAAGCAAGGUUUAUUCAGCACCGGUGCGGGCUCAGAGGAGUCACCUCCAGAGUCUGAGCACCAGGUCUUUGUUCUCAGUAACUUUAUACACUACAAGGUCUUGAUUUUCCCAUGUAAGCAUCCCAGACCUCCCCCAUCCCCAAGCAGUGUUCCUUCCCUAAGAAACUGAGCAAGCAAGGUUACAGAAGCGGAACUGAUAAGCAAUGCUGGGUACAUGAUUAGCAGGGCUGCUGGCUUGGACAGAGGGCACACAGUUGUUACAUUAUUACAAGAAGGGUGGUAUAGUGACAAGCAUAGCUAGAAAGGCUUGCAGCUGCCUUCUUAGCCAAGGGGCGGGGGAUUGUUCUUUAGUUAAAACUCUAUUUCAGAAGCUCUUUGAGGAAUGUCAAUGGCUAAAUCUCAAGCCAAUUUUGUUUUAUUAGUUUCCAUGUUCAAAUUCAGACAGUUUAUUUAAAAGUAGACCAAAUUUAUUGAUGUUGUUUUAAAGCUGAAUGUAAACAUAGUUAAAAGAUAUUGCAUAUGGUUUCAUCUUUAGUGUUUAUAGUGGAAGUGCUCAUCCACUAGAGGUAAGGCUUUGGAGCAGCAUCUUCCUUAUUUCAUUACACUCUGAUCUCGGGGCAAAUGGAAGCCUUCCCAGAUCCCUCUGUCUAAACAGUAGUUCUUUCUGUCCUCUGUCCCCUAGCCCUGCUUUAUUUUCUUUCAGAGCACGUGUCCCGAACCUGACAUUAAUAUAGAAAAUGGAACAGAGAAGGCCCAGGAGCAAUGCUCAAUUGGAAGCAAGGCUGUAGGGUCCUUUUUCUUUCUUUUUUUUUUCUUUGCAACUAACACAAACCUGUAUUUAAAAAAUAUAGCUAUGCAAGAAAAAGAAAAACGAAAUGGGAGUUCCAGUUGAGGCUCAGUGGUAAACAACCCAACUGGUAUCCAUGAGGAUACAGGUUCGAUCCCUGGCCCCACUCAGUGGGUUAAGGAUCUGGCAUUGCUGUGGCUGUGGUGCAGGCCAGCAGCUGCAGCUCUGAUUCUACCCCUAGCCUUGAGACUUCCAUAUGCCAUGAGUGUGGCCCUAAAAAGACAAAAAAAGAAAGAAAGAAAUGAACCCUUAUUCACAUAUAAUCACUUUCAACCUUUUGCAUUGAACAUUAUAUUGUCAACAUCUUCCUAUGAUGUUAGGGUCCUUCUUUUGCUCCUUUUCCCCUUUACCUACCAUUGUUUUCUUUUACAGUGAGUUAAAUCCUUAGACUCAGUUUGAUAUUCUUAGAUCCUUGUGGCCAUGUUUUCUUCUUUUCUAUCAGAUCAUUAUAUUUUAUCAAUCUAACUUUCAUUAAUCCAACAUGAGACACACACACACUCUCUCUCUCUCCAUAUAUAUAUAUGACUUUUUAGAUAUAUUUAUAAUGGAUGAUAAAUCCUUUUCAGACAUUUCUGGUUGUGAGAAGAGAAGACUGUUUCUACUUAUAGAUGUCUGGAAAUUUAAAAGUAUGUUGGGACUGGAAUUAGUGCUGUCCUUUAUCACCCAAUGGAUAAAACAAAAUGAGCCCAGAGCCUUCCCUCUGAUAGACAAUUUCUCCUUACACCCUCUGCUCCAUUUUCAUGGUAAUGGAACUUGUUAGGGAGAACUACCCCUGUCUCCAUCCCUUCUGGUGCUCCAUGAUUCUGGACAGUAUCCCUAAUACUUACCCUCACAAAGCAGACCAAAGCAUUUUGAGAAUUUUCUGGGCUAUCCCUAAACAUGAGCUGUAGAAACAUCCAAGAAAAAAUAUCAUUUUGAAUUUCAUUGUUGUCAGACAUGAAAGACAUAUGAGCAGCCUGAGCCCCCUUUCCUAAGGGCCUCUAGUCAGCUGUGAUUUGGUCCGUAAUGGCUACUAUAAAUCUGCCUUUUCUAUCCACUCUGCUCUUUCAGAAGCUUUCAGACUGUUUUAUAUCAAUUUCUAGGAACCAUCUAACUCCUUCCCUAAUCAGCCCAGAUUUCUUAGAAGGGAAAAUGACUGAUACCCUAAACUAACAUUAAGGUAGACUAUCCAAGAUAAUUUUUUUCAUAGAGGACAAUUGAAUGAUUUCAUGGUAGUUUUACUUUAUUUGGCUUCGGAGUUUUGCCAAUAAGAAUCUAUUAUGAUAUAUAUUGACAAAAAUACUUUAAAAAACAGAACUAAGUACAGAGAUCUAGACUCAUAUCUUUACGCAUUUACUAUUAGAAGACAAAGUACUAUUUAAGAGAUAAUGUAGAGACUUGGCUUGGCCACUGACUUAAAAAGAAACCCUGCUCAUGUGUAUAUUUUUACACCUGUAUUAAAGACAAUACAGAUAAUAAUAGAGUUUAGUAAAUAAUGCUUAAAUCAAGAAUUGUGCUUUUAAAACUGAUGAGUUAAAAAUUAGGGCAGUGUUUUCAUAAUUUACUUUGAUAAAUAAGUCUCAUUUUAGAAUUUCUCUAGUGGAGUUUGAAAAAGGCAAAUUGAAUUAUUCCCAAGAUGAGUUUUUAAAUUAAGGUUAUGACUACGUUAAUUAAAAUGUCAGUUUAUCCAAAACCAAAGAAGGAAUGAAGAAAUUUUAAAAUAAUAUAAAAAUGUAUAAAAUACCACAGAAAGCUACUAGAUAUUGUAAUUUUAAUGUUAAGAAAGUAUCCAUAUUGCUGUUAUUUCAAACUAGAAUGGAAUUUCUAUACCAAUUAAGAACUGCAUUUUUUAUAAUAUCAAAAGUCAUUUGGGUAUUUUAGGACAACAUCCGUGGCAUAUGGAAGUCCCCAGGCUAGGGGUUCAAAUCGGAGCUACAGCUGCUGGCCUACUCCACAGCCACAGCAAUGCAGAAUCUAAGCCGCAUCUGCAAUGUACACCACAGCUCGCUGCAACGCUGGAUCUUUAAUCCACUGAGCAAGGCCAGGGAUCGAACCCGCAUCUUCAUGGAUACUAGUUGGAUUCAUUUCUGCUGUGCACAACAGGAACUCCCGGGUAUUAUAUUUUUAUUGUCAUUGUUUUCUUAUGACUACAGGUUAUUGUUCAGGAUUUUUAAUUCUUUAAUUUUUAAUAAAAUAAAAAGUGUUGAGUUUUCAAAAAUUCAUUACAUUCAUAAAAUCUUCUUUAGAUUCCCAAUUUUCUUAUAAUUUGUGUAAAUAUCUCUCUAUUCUGCACACAGGUUAUUCACUUAUUUUUUUCUAACUCUAGAGCAAAUGGUAAACCAAAAUGUAUUGCCAUAUAUCUUUAUGAGGGUUUUAUCUAAUUUAUGAAUACUCCAAUUUAAUCUUCACUUCAGAAAUGGCACUCCUGUGCUAUAAUCACCCUGCAUUUAUUAUUUCAUCAAAUAUUUAUCAAGCACCUUCUUUAUGUAAGAUUCUGUCCUAAGCAUUGGGAGAAACAAGACAGUUUCUUUGAUUUGUUUUGUUUUGAUUUUUAGGGUCGCACCUGUGACAUAUGGAUGUUCCCAUGUUACGGGUCGGAUUGGAACUGCAGCUGCCAGCCUGUGCCACAACCACAGCAAUGCGAGAUCCAAACCAUUCUUCGACCUACACCACAGCUCACAGCAAUACUGGAUCCUUAACCCACUGAGAAAGGCCAGGGAUCAAACCUGCAUCCUCAUGGAAACCAGUUGGGUUCAUUACUGCUGUGCCACAACGGGAACGCCCCAAAAUCUUUGUCUUAAAACUUCUAUUCUAGUGGAGGACACAGACUUUAAACAAAUCAAUAGAAACUUAAAGUCAGAUAACAAUAAGUAUUAUGAAGAACAUAAAAAUAGAGCCAAAUGACAGAGAGUGGGAAGAGCUAGAAGUUUAGAUAGAAUAAUUAGGGAGAGCUUUAUGGCAGAGGUAGUAUUUAAGACUCAAGGAAAAUGAGAAGAAGCCGUGUAGAGAUGAAAAAAAAUUCCAGACAGAGACAAAAAACACAGAGCUUAAAAUAGGCACUUACCUGGAGGUUUGAAGAUCAGUAGAAAGGCCAUUGGGACGUGGGAUGGAAUUAGCAGGGGAUAAAUAAUAAAGGAUGAGAUCAGCAAAGUAAUAGGAGCCAAGGGAUUAAGAUCUAUUUCGGCCUUGGAAAGUUGUAAAUUAUCUGAAAUGGGAAGCCACUGGAGAGGUUGAAGAAAGAGUGAUGUAAUCUGCUUUCUGCUUUUUUCUUUCUUUCUUUCUUUCUUUCUUUUUUUUUAAUGGCUGCACCUGCAGCAUAUGGAGAUUCCCAGGCUAGGGGUUGACUCAGAGCUGCAGCUGCUGGCUUACACCAUAGCCAGAGCAACGAGGGAUCAGAGCUGCAUCUGCAACCUACACCACAGUUCACAGCAACUCACUGAGCAAGGCAAGGGAUCGAACCUGCCACCUCAUUGUUACUAGUCAGAUUCCUUUUUGCUGCACCACAAUGGGAACUCCACGAGUGAUAUAAUCUGACCAAGAUGGUAUUUCAGAUCCUAUGAUAGUGGUGUACCUAGUGAUAAGGCAGGGACUUUGGAUAUGUUUUCAAAUUUAAGCUCAUAGGAUUUGCUGUUGGAUUGGGUGCAGAGUCUAACAAAAAAGAAAAAAGAUUCACUUCAAGGCUUUGGCUUAAUACUUGGAAAGAUGGUGUUGGCAUUUACUAAAAUUGCAAAGAUUUCAAGAGAGGUAGAUUUGGAAGCGUGUUGGGAUGUGUUUGUCUGAGAUUCGGAGAUGUUGAGGUGUUUGACCUUCUGCAUCUGGGGCUUUGAGGGGAGGAAUAGACUGGGGGUACACAUUUGGCAAUUGUUGAUAUAUAGAUGGGUGAGAUAACCAAGAGAGUGAGAGGAGAAGCCGGGGAAAAGGAGCUCUGAGCCCUGAGCAUGCAUUUUAACAUCUAGAGGAAUGGGAUGUGAAGAGAACCUAGCAAAGCAGGCCGAAAGAACGACAGGGGAGUGAAAAUAAAAAUCAAGAGAAUGUGGAAUCCUCAAAGUCAAAUGGUGGUUGGGGGGCUUUUCAAGGAAAUGAUAAGGAUGCAGAUAUGUUGAAAGCUGUUAACAAGUCAAUUUAGAUAAGAUCUAAGAAAUGACUUAAAGAUUUAGCUAUGAGGGAGGAAGGCACUGGUGAUUUUGACAAGAUCUUUGCUGGGGGAAUAGACAAGGCAAAACUCUGCAGAGGGGUCAGGAGAGAAUAAGAGGGGAGGAAUGGAAGACAAUAGGGAUUUACACUGAUAGUCUGAUACGUGUGAGUAUAUAGAUAACAUCAUUAUAUAUCCAGCCAGAAAUUUUUUUUUUUGGUUUUUUGAUAUUUCUUUGGGCCGCUCCCGCGGCGUAUGGAGGUUCCCAGGCUAAGGGUCGAAUCAGAGCUGUAGCCACCGGCCUACGCCAGAGCCACAGCAACUCGGGAUCCGAGCCGUGUCUGCAACCUACACCACAGCUCACGGCAACACCGGAUCCUUAACCCACUGAGCAAGGAGAGGGACUGAACCCUCAACCUCAUGGUUCCUAGUCGGAUUCGUCAACCACUGCACCACGACGGGAACUCCCAGCCAGAAUUUUUAAAUCUAAAUUAAAUACCUUUUUCAUAUUAAGAAUCAUUCCAGGAGACAUAAAAUUGAAGGAAAUCAAAGUUCACAUUCACAAAGCCUUUCUGUACUUUAUAACAUAUUCUGGCCCAUGACUAACUUUCAAAAGCACUUAUUUCAAUCUGGGGAGAGUAAUAAAUAAAGAUACCUUUGCUAUAGAAGGAAUAUUCAGGAGAGAAAGUAAGGGCACACCUCCCUACUUUGCUGGAUUAGUUCUGUGAAGCUGAAGAUCAAUGUGGUCCAGAGAUUGGCACAGCACUAUUUCCUAUGCAGAGCAUUGUGGCAUUUCAUGGUGGACAUUCUGUGGUGUGGUGCAGUGCUGUGUGCUUUGUUGCCACAAGAGAAGGAUGGGACCAUGUAUUUUUGCAGCACCGGCCACUUGAUUAGUUUUGUCUGAAAUUUCAAUUUUCCAAGGCACUAUGAGAAGGGUCCCAGCUGGUAACAAGGAAACCAGAGGAAAGGUGAAAGUGAACAAAUGAGACAAAACUUUUAUUUUGUUGCCCCCCCUCCUUUUAGGGCUGAACCCCCAGCAUAUGGAAGUUCCCCGUCUAGGUGUUGAAUCUGAGCUGCAGCUGCUGGCCUACACAACAGCCACAGCAACUUGGGAUCCAAGCCAUGUCUUCAACUAAACCACAGGUCACCGCUAUGCUGGAUCCUUAACCCACUGAGCAAGGCCAGGGAUCGAACCCUUAACCUCAUGAUUCCUGGUCAGAUUCAUUUCGGCUGUGCCACAACUGGAACUCCUAUUUCGUUGACCCUUUUAAAAAAAUCUUCAGUGCCCUCCUCCUUACCCACACACUGGUUUCAAAAUAAAAAUAAUAUGCCUAAGCCUAGCACUCAAGGUCUUUUUAAGCUAGCUCCAUGCCACCCAUGAACACUGUCUUGCUCUAGUCACGAGGAGCCACCCUGUGCUCCAAGCGGGGCCUCUACACUGCCUCUUCAACUCUGCACACCCUUCCCUGAGUUGGAGUAUUUCUUUGCUCACAUUUGCUGCUGCCUGGAGCACACCCCCCAGACUCUCUUCCUCCACUUCCCAAGGGCAGCAGUUAUAGGUUAUAUCCCUUGCUUUGUCUAAAGGACAUAGCAGAGAAUCAAAUGUAGACACAUCCUGAACUUUUAUAGUUGUAACUGACCUUAUAGUUCAGCCUCGGUCCUUUAGAGGGAAGGAAAUGAAAGCCUAGGAAAAUAUACUUAAAAAUAUUACACAAAUACAUCUUUAAGUCUUAAAGGAAUUAAACAAUAUAGAGGUGAAUAACAUGAAAAGUAAGUUCUUCUCCAUCCCCACACCAUAGAGUUGAUCAGUAUUUUUCUCAGAUAUUAGUCUAGUUAUAGAGAAAAAAAAAAAUUCUCUCAAAGAGGGCAUUACAUUAUAGACUGUGUUCUACAAGUUGUUUUAUUAUUUUUUCCACUUAAUAUUUCACAAAUGUUUUUCUGUGUCAGUAUAUAUAGAUGAUUUGAAAAAAUUCAGUUGGAGAAAAAUCUUAGGUAUGUUUUUCUCUACAUCAAAGAGGCUCGGCAGGUGUCUGUGGGCAAACUGUAGGGUAGGUGUGAGUAAAACAAAUCUCAUGAAGCAAAAUAAAAAUGCCAAGACUUGCAUAAUAUUUCAUCCUCUUUGGCACUUUUCCUACAGUUUAGGGACCAGCUGCUAGGAGAGAGGCAAUCCCACCCCAGCCCCUUGGUAAGAAGGAUCAAGUUAGACAAUGGAUCCAGAGUCAGGACUGGAUACUUGACCUGGAGAAAAGAGAAACUGGUAGUCAGGGGACACAGCUGCUAGACAGAACUGGAACAUCCUUCUCACUGUCCUUACCUUUUCCUUCUACAGGCUCAUAACUACUGUCUCCUUAUCAAACCCACCUCUCCCAGCAUCGCUGACCUCCACCCCUUUCAGAGACCUUGACUUCCAUCAUCUCCCACCCGCCCCUGUCUUGUUCUCUUGGGUGCUAGCUUUUCUUGGCCCUGAAAAUAUUUUGAAAAAUAAUUGGAUCACAGCUAUACCUUGCUCAAGUCUCCUGUGUCACAAUCAGCCACCCAAUGUAGACUGAAAACUGGUGCUCUAAGGCUACUUUGGGUCAAAGUAGGUGGCUGCUGGCCUGGAGUAACCCUGAUGCAGAAGCCAGGAUGCAACUCACCUCCAGCCGGGCAGGGAGUGGACCACUGCUGGAUGUGCGAGGAAUCGAGAUUAGAUACCCAGCCAGGAAAAAAAUGGGUUCCAGCGGCUGAAUUUCAAACCAGAUGCUUCUUUAUUUCAAUUUUAAAAUAUCCUUUUCCCUCUAUCCUGAAUUGUCACCUACCCAGCAUGGGGGUGGGGAGGCUGUAACCCAAAGCCCAGCCCACUCCGGCCCCAGAGUGCCUCUCCACCCUUAAGCUGCCUUCAGUUUCACCUUAUUAUCGUCCCCAGUCCACCCCCUAACGUGCCUUCGUUCACAUUGGUGCAGACCAUAGAGAGCUGAAGUUGUUUUCCGGACUUUCAUUUUCUGCUGGAAGCAAACAAAGAGGCCAGUGCGCGUUACGUAGGCUGUGGCCUUGCUCAUAACAACCCCCGCGGUGCUGAGAGGUUAGAGGACGGCCAGGGCUGUCUCUACAGCCAGGCCUGUGCCCAGCCCGGGAUGAGGGGGAAGUGAGAGGCCCGGCGCCACCUUCUCCCGCUCUCCCACUGCCCCGCACCCUGAGGCAGGCCGGCCACCCGCAUCUCCAGAGGCCGGGAAAUCCUUCCCCGGCCGGCCCAUUUGAUCGCUGGAGCAUCCCGGCCCGCGGUGCCCGCAGGCUCAAUCUCUGUGCAGAGCGGCCCCCGGGCGCGAUAAUGGUGCUGUGGCUGCUGAGUGUCGGGCAGAAACUGCUGCUCUGGGGCGUCUUGGGCGCCGUCUCCCUGGCGGGCGCCACCCUCACUCUCAACCUCCUGCAGUCGGUGGCGAGAUAUGCAUGGAAAUGGCAGCAGUUGCGCUCCCUCCCGACCUUGGAGGGUGCCUAUCCCUUGCUGGGACACUCGCUGAUGAUAAAGCCGGACGCCAGAGAUUUUUUUCAGCAGUUAAUUCGUUACACUGAAGAAUACCGACACCUGCCACUGCUGACACUCUGGCUUGGGACCAUUCCUCUGGUCGUCCUUUAUAAUGCAGAAAAUGUGGAGGUAAUUUUAAGUAGUUCAAAGCAAAUUGACAAAUCCUCUAUGUACAAGUUCCUAGAACCAUGGCUUGGCCUAGGACUUCUUACAAGUACUGGUAACAAGUGGCGCUCUAGGAGGAAAAUGUUAACACCCACUUUCCAUUUUACAAUUCUGGAAGACUUCUUAGAUGUCAUGAAUGAACAAGCAACUAUAUUGGUUACUAAGCUUGAAAAACAUGUUAACCAAGAAGCAUUUAACUGCUUUUUUUACAUCACUCUUUGUGCCUUAGAUAUAAUCUGUGAAACAGCUAUGGGGAAGAACAUUGGUGCUCAAAGUAAUGAUGAUUCUGAGUAUGUUCGAGCAGUUUAUAGGGUGAGUGAUUCAAUACAUCGAAGAAUGAAGGCACCCUGGCUCUGGUUUGAUUUUUUGUACUUUAUGUUUAAAGAUGGACAAGAAUACAGAAAGAGCUUAAAGAUCCUACAUAAUUUUACCAGCAAUGGCCAUGAUACGACUGCAGCUGCAAUAAACUCUUCCCUAUAUCUCUUGGGUUUUUAUCCAGAAGUCCAGAAAAAAGUGGACAAUGAACUGGAUGAAGUGUUUGGGAAGUCUGAUCGCCCUGCUACCUUAGAAGACCUGAAGAAACUCAAAUAUCUGGAAUGUGUUAUCAAGGAGAGCCUUCGCCUUUUUCCUUCUGUUCCCUUCUUUGCCCGUAGUAUUAAUGAAGACUGUGAAAUUGCGGGUCACAAAAUUGUGAAAGACUCUCAAGUAAUCAUCGUGCCCUAUGCGCUGCAUAGAGAUCCAAGGUACUUCCCCAACCCUGAGGAAUUCAGGCCAGAACGGUUCUUUCCUGAGAAUUCCAAAGGACGACAUUCAUACGCAUACGUGCCCUUCUCGGCUGGACCCCGAAAUUGUAUAGGUCAAAAGUUUGCCAUAAUGGAAGAAAAGACCAUUCUUUCUUGCAUCCUGAGGCAUUUUUGGGUAGAAUCCAACCAAAAAAGAGAAGAACUUGGUCUAGCAGGAGAGCUGAUUCUUCGUCCAACUAACGGCAUCUGGAUCAAGUUGAAGAGGAGAAACACAGAUGAAUCCUAAUGAUACUCUUGGGCUGUGUUCUUAUAAAACGGCUUUCUUUAAAGGAAACUUUGCAUUUAUGCUUUGUAGAUCAUGAAUUCAGUAUUUUUAAUCUCUGGACCUUAUUUUUCUUGUCCUUACUUAUUGGAUCAAGUCUACCAGAGACAGAGUUUUCGUAUCUUUGUCACCAUGGUAGCUCUGAUCCCUGGCCUUGAUCCCCAAAGUGGAGUUAACUAUUGACUAUACCCAAAUAAACAUACAAAAGCUUCUCAGCAGAGGGAUCCACAGGCCAAGUCAAUUUCAAUGGACAGACCCAAAGGAUAUAAUUUAAUUGUAGUUCCAAGAUAUUUUUAAUGUACUCUUGUUGACUCAGGAACUUAUAUUCAUAUCUAUUCAUAGACAUUUAUUUGAAAAGAGUAAGUAAGUCCUUAGACUUAAGAAGCUUGAGUUUCAAGAAUUUUAUCAGUGGUGUCAGUUCUGAAAAGAAUAGUCAUUAUGAUACUUUUCAGAUUUAAUCAUCUACAGUUGAUCAUUUAUAAGCUGACUCAUAGGUUCUGUUCCUACAUCCCUUUGGACUCUAUACUUAUAGCUCUCCUUUCAUUCCUCAGAGCAUCAUACUUCCCUUUAUAUAUCACAUGUUAUUGGGAGAGAUUCCUCUGAGUAAUCUCCAGUCCCUCACGGUGCCUCAGGGAGUUGACUAGAGGCUUUUGGACCUGGAAGGACCUUAGAGCUUAUCUAGUUAUGCAGUGGCCACUCCCUCUCCACAGGUUCUGAAUCUAUGGAUUCAACCAACCAGAGUGGAAAAUAUUUGAACAAAAAAUUCCAGAAAAUUCCCCAGAGCAAAACUAUUUACAUAGUGUUAAGUAUUAGAAGUAAUCUAGAGAUGCUUACGGUUGGAUGUGCAUAUCCGUAUGCAAAUACUAUGGCAUUUUACAAUAAGGGAUUUAAGCAUCCAUGGAUUUUGGUAUCCUUGGAUGAGCCUGGAACCUGGAACCAAUCCCUUGCAGAUACUGGAAGAUGACUGCCUUUUUAUUAGAAGGGAAUUGGUUCAAUGGAAAUGUAGGUUUCUUCCCAAAGCCAUGCCACUACUGAGUAAUAGGACUGGCAACAGAGGUCUUUACUCUAGAUCUCCCUACUCCCAAUAUGAUGACACUUCUGCAAUAUGCUCUUGCUUUAUGGAACUCAUGUCUAUAACUAGAUGCAUCAUUAGAACACAGAUGUUCUUCCUCUCAUUUUGGCAUAUCUCUUCUAGAAUUCUUCCAUGAUUGAAGGAAAAGAGAAGCACUUUAUCCAUAUGAAGUAAUUCAGGAGUAUCUCAGUUUAGGGUUAGACUUCCAGUAAAUUCAGUCCUCCAGAAUAUACUGUCAAGCUGAUGACUGACAUCCAUUCCCUGAAUUUUAAUGCCAUGGACAAUAUCUCUACUCCCUUACUCAGUGACUUUAAAAAACUUUUUAAUAAAUAAUUGUCAUAGGAUUAUUUCUUUAAUUUUCUGACGGCAAUAGCUGAUAGAAACGACAUAUUAAGAAGAUGGAAUAUAUAUUCAAUGGAUGUCAAAGAAAGACGUUACAAACCCAAAGCCUUUUGGGAAGCAUCACAGGCUGGGACAAGGCAGGGUCAGCAACUCUACCCACUUUAAUAUCCCAAAGAUCCCAGUGCAGACAACCCAGCCCCCAAAGCAGAUGAGGAAAAGUCAAGGAUAUAUAUGAUACAGUUGAAAAAGAUUCUCAUCCUAUGAUUGACCUUGUUAUCUAGAAAGUGGAUAUGCUAGAAAAUCUUGUUCCCAGAUGACUUUGGAUCAUGGGAGUUUUAUUUGUGGAAAUCAGUCUUAUUUCUCAAUUUUAUGCACUUACUCUUAAAUCUUAUUUUUGUUUUGUUUUUCUUUUUUUUUUUGUUUUUUAAGUGACUCUAUAUUAGAUGUGAAAUUAAAUGUAAAGUAAAAUGUUGCUAAAUGUUCCCUUUUUAAAAUCUUUGUUUAGCCUCAGAAUAAUUUGUUAUUCAUAUUUUAAUUGGAAAUUUUCUGAAACUGUGUCAGAGUUGGAAUUGAGAAAUUAUGUCAUCUUCUGUAGUACUGAAAUGCAGAUUCUGAUUACUUUAAAUAAAAGGAUUAUCAAAUAUC